AGUCGUGUCAAAAAACUUGAAAUAAAAUUUUCUCAGGCGGGUGUGCAGAGGAAAAGUUUUUCGCGAAAGGUGUUUCCCAAGCGUUCGAACGCGAUCGAAAAUUGGUGCAAGUGGUGCGUGAAGGUUCGGUGCGUGCGAUCGCGAUCGAGUUGGCCGGAAUCGAUCCGGAUCGAGGGUCGAAAAGUGCAUUUCAAAGUGAUCCCGAUUUCUAGAUUUUUUCCUUCGACGGUCCUACUGCUGCUCACUGCCCUCUGUUGCAAGAUUAAGGUGGCUCCCUCUGCUGUGCUGCGCCUGUGUAUGUGUGCGUGUCCGAGUGCAUUUGUGUAUAAGCCCAAUGAUGGCAGAUAGAUGAAAGUGCUAGCUGCUGCUGCUGCUCCCAUCAGUGCUCUUGGUGUUGUGUUGUGAAAGAGGGUGCUACUGGAAUGCGCCAGUGUAUGUGUAUUGAUAUUACGGCCACGGUUCCACAAAAGGAGCACUGGAGCACCAUCGUCGACAUCGGAGUAUGGUAAAAUGUAAACAUGGCCGAAUGACAAGAUCCAAAAAGACGGAAAUGAAGAUAUCCAAGUGUGCUGGAAAAUAUUUUGCUGUUGCAGCUUGAGGUGGAAGUUUGUUCCGGGACAGAGUAGGCGCUGCUGCCAAUCGUAAAGUGGAAUCUGUGCUGGACCCAGCCUACUGUGCGUGGCGGAUAUUGUGCAAUAUUGUUACCGCAUAGCGAGACAUCUCUAUAACAUCAUCCCCCAUUGGCGAUUCGUGAGUGAGAGAUUCCAUCAGACCCGGAGUGUGUUGGCGAAAAUCAAACAUUGGGCACAAAGUUUUCCGGAAACUCCAUCGCAAAAUGGUUUUUCAUUUGUAUUCAGAUCAACCGUCGCGAGCCGCAGUCGCCGCUAGAAAAUGAAUCUCGGUCUAUGGGGAUGCUUGGUGCCCUGUGGACUGCAAUACUGGUGCGAGAGUAAAAGCGAUACAUGCAUUACGGAGAUGGGGGCGACGGCAUCAACUGAUUGUCCCGGCGGUCCCGGCGGGAUUCCGGGUCUGACGGGUGCUAUCACGACGGCAGCUGGUGCUACGACCACGACACCCCUCACGGCAGCCGGCGGCGGCGGAGGUGGAAUGGGCGGAGCAUACGGGCCCGUCGGUGGGCCACCCGUUAUCGUGCGGGAACGACGGAAGAAGGUCACCGGUUUUGCUACACUGAAGAAGAAACUGAUUCGGCGACGGCGAUCGUCAAAAGCAUGCGACCAUGGCCGGGUGCUGCGGGAGUUCGUGUCCAGCUGGAGUCCGAUGGAACUGUCGGCACUACUGGAGGAGUACGAAGCCCUGGCGGCACUGAAGGACCUCUCGGUCCAGGCUGAGCUGGCAAGGCCACCAGCAACCACGUUCAAACAGGAUCUCGCCAGUUUGUACGACUACAAACACUGCACCGACUGUGAUCUGGUGUUUCGGGGAACGGUCUUCCCGGUACACCGUGCACUACUAUCCGCUCGUUGUCCGUACUUUCGAGAUCUGCUAGCCGGGUGCCCGGGCUACGGGGCACGUAUCUGUUUGGAACUGCGCUCCUCACCGGUGGACGUUCCGAUGUUUUCGUCGCUGCUGAGAUAUCUGUAUACAGGAGAUUUAUGUACACACGAUCCGACCAUAGAUGUAAGUCUGCUACGUAGAUUAGGAGAAGAUUUCGGUACACCGAAUCCGCUAGAAAACGAUCUGCGUUACCUGCUCGAAACUGGGGACUACGCAGAUGCCGCCAUAGUGUUCACCUCGGAGGGUGGCGACUACCAUCGGCCCGAUUCUGGCAGCUCGGAGUACGGUUUCCGGCCGAAACUGGAGCUACCUUGCCAUAAGGCGAUCCUCAGUGCACGAUCACCAUUCUUCAAGAAUAUGAUCCAACGACGGAUCCGUAACAUCAACGAGGAUCAUCAACUGCACGGAACGGACCGUUCGCUGCAUGUUCCGACACGGAUCGUUCUGGAUGAAACUGUCAUUCCGAAGCGCUACGCUCGUGUCCUGCUGCACGCGAUCUACCUGGAUACCGUUGACCUGUCGUUGAUCCUGCGUGGAAACGGAUGCGGCAACGGUGCCGGCAGUCUCGGCGAAGUACAAGCUCUUACCCACACCGGCCGUACCCGACCUUCACCGCUGGAGGAGGCCAUGGAACUGUACCAAAUUGGGCGAUUUCUCGAGUUGGACAUUUUGGCUCAGGGUUGCGAAGAUCUGAUUCUCGAAUGGCUGUCGCUGGAUACGCUCGCUACGGUUUUGCGUUGGGGUGGUCAACCGCAUGGAUCUGCCUGGGUUUAUCGCCAAGCUUGCCACUAUUUGCGCGAGGAGUUCUCGGCCAUUGUCGGUUCUCCGGUGCUCUUCCAGCUCGACAAAUCACAACUGAUCGAAGCGCUUCAGAACAACUUCCUCCAGGCGUCGGAACUGGAAGUGCUACAGGCUGUGCUGAAGUGGGGCGAACAGGAACUGAUUCGGCGGAUGGAGGAUCGCGAACCGAACCUGUUGAGUCACACUGCACACUCGGUAACGCGGAAAGGAAUUAAGAAGCGAGACCUGAGCGAUGUAGAGUUGCGGGAGAUUCUAUCGGAGCUGCUUCCGCAUGUUCGCAUGGACCACGUACUGCCACCGAGUAACGAGAUACUGAACCAAGCAAUCCGGCGGGGUUUGGUCAGCACUCCACCGUCGCACAUGAUCGGAGACGAUCGCGAGAGCUUGCGGAUCAACGCUUGGAUCCGGGGCGGCAAGAAUCACGGUUUGUUCGUGCGGCCCCGGUUGUUUAUGCCGUACUACGAGGAGGUUAAGGUGUUGCUGGAGGAUCACAUCGCAUCGCAACAGAUCGAAAUGUUGCGCAUGCGACGGUCCCGCCACAUGCCGGACAUUCCGGACACGUUGUAUAUGGUGUCCCGACUGAAUAGUAAUGCUAGUGGAAACAUCGGCGGUGGAGGUACGGCCGGAGUGGACGUUGUGGCUACAGCGGCUGCGUCGAUUCCGGCUCCGGACCCAAGCGCAAUGGAAGCCAUGCAAAAGAGGGAACAAAAGCUUCGACAGGUCCCGAGCUGCCAACGGGCGUUGACGCUUCCGCUGUCUAGCCGGAACGAAAUCAAUCGUCAGAUCAGGCUGAGGGUGGUUCGGGAGUUCAACUUUCCGGAUGAGAUAGCGGAGCUGUUGGAGAACUCCAACUGCUACUGCUUGGAUGCCGAUGGCUCCACACCGAAAGCUCAGGGCGACGAUAUCCAUGCGAGCAAUCAAUCAUUGGACGAGGACACCACCCCGCCACCUUCGCCGGCACUGCCAAGUGAUAUUAUUCCACAGAACGUGGCCUGUUAUGGCCGCAACAUGACAUUCCCCCGGCAACAACCUCAACCACCGUCGCAAGUGAUGCCGCAUGGAUCUGGAGCCACCGGUGGAGGAGGAGAUCUGACUGGGGUUGGUGGCAUGGGAGGUAGAUUGCAUCAUCUGCCGGGAGGUAUGCUCGGACCGAGUCCAAGUAUUAUAGGAACUCAUCGACGUCAGGAACUGCCAUCGUUAAUCCCCGGUGGAGACGUGGUAGCCUAUCGGCUGUCGGCACCGGCUGGAGAUCACUCCGGCGAAGCUGGAGCCUGCUCGGAAGGACACCUCUCGGACAUAAUGCCGGACGUGGCAAUGGCGACCGCGUCCCUCGGACAGCUACAGCUCGGCGACAUGCCCGAGAGUCUCCAUCUGGAUCUGGGCGACGGACCAAGCCACAUGAUCGGGGCGGCGGGCUCCAUGGGUUUACACAACCUACCGCAUCAUCGAAUAGCGACACCUUCGCCGAGCAAUUUCCAUCACUACAUGACCCGGAGCCAUCCACCGUCCGGUUCGCUGGGUAGUGGUGGAGGAAGUGGUCACAGCGGCGAUGGCGGAGCCGAACGAGGCGGCAUGGGUGGCGGAAGACUUCCGAGUUCCCUCGGCGUAUCUUCCCAGCAGGGCCAACCGGGAGCAUCGGCGGCAUCCUCAUCGUCGUCGUACUCGCAGCGUUCUAACUCACCGUACACCUUACAUCGAGCGAGUCCGGGCCUGCCGCACAGCUCAUAUCACACUGGGCCCCGGUUAUAGAGACGGCUGCAAGUAUUUCCCGACAAACGUCAGCUGUUCAGUAUGCCUUUCUGAAAGGAGCACACUGGAGAGGGGGAGAGAGAACGAGCGAGCGAGCGAGCGAGUGUGAGCAUGUUUGUGUGAAGGCGUACGUGCGAGUGAACGAGUACGACACAUAUGGGGCGAAUAUGUUUAGUUAAACGAAUUAACUAAAUUAAAACAAAGUAGGAGAAGUGAAGCAAAAACAAAUACAAACUACUACAACUGUAAAAGGAAGGUAAUUAAUUACAACAAAUACAUAGAUAUUUGAAUUAAGAGUUAAGUAUUUCAUUAAUAAUAACUUCAAGAAGCAGAACAACACUACAAUGGCAAGGAUAUAAAAGUAAUAAUAGUACUAAAAUAAACACAAAACAAAACAAACAAAACAGUAAGAAUAAUAAUCGAAGACUUUUAUAUUUAACAAACAAAUAGGAGAAAACCCACAGAAAACGAAAAGAAGGUCGACAGAGAAAGUGAAGCGAAUUGAAAGCAAAGAGGAAUGAGGCAAAACACACUCACACAGAGACACAUGGCAUAUGAUAUGAUGCAACUAGGCAGUGGAGAAAGCACGAUUGAAGGGGCAGAACAAAACAGUAUCCGGCUUGUAUGUAGUAGUAAUCGAAUUUUUGUAUUCGUUUUCUUUCGCGUACGAAAAAUAAACAAAAGAAACAAAAUAAUAGACGAAUGAGCGCGAAGGUGAAUGCGAAUCGAACCAGGACUAAAAAAUAACAAUCGUACAUUUUCCCCUUGUUUUAGAAACUAGGCCGUGCCUUUAAUUUAUUCUAUUUUAAUUUUUAGCAAACUUUACACCCCUUCCACCAUCCUCGUGAAUAUAAUCAGAUGUUUUAAUAAGAUGAAGUUUUAACGCUAUUUAUUUAUCUUUUUCGCGAUCUGUUUUUUUUUUUAACUUUAGGUUAUCAGUAGGAAUUUUUUCUCAAUUGGGAAGCAAGGCAAGCAAAACAAGUGUUAUUAUGAUUAAGUUGAGGAGAUUUACUCUCUUGUGUUCCCACUAAACACACAUUGGAAUUUGGAUGCUAACGAAAUGAGCACAAGCGCGCGAGCGAGAAUGGGAGAUGAAUGGAAAUCAAUUUCAUGUUUUCGAAUAUUCGUAACAUCAAAAGAAAAGAAAAAAAAAACGUAAACACAAGAUGAACAAAAAAAAACUCUGUAUCGUACGUGUAUGUAUAAUGACUUAUUACUAUAAUCGAGAAAAGUUUCAAUCCAGCAACGGAAACCGCGACAGCACCAGCAAACGCAACAACCAGAACUGUGAGGGCGCGUAGGAGAGGAGGGCUCCAAUUGAAAUGGAAUCAGUUUGAUCUAGGUCGGAAGUGCACUCAGAUUUGUUUGCUAUAUUUUUGGAUAACACAAUCCAACGGCGUAUUGCUGAAUCUUUCGAAUCGGAUUCUCCAUUUGGAAAUAUAGUAUAUUUGAAAGGAAGAUCCAAUCCGGUGGAGUCAGGAAUGGAAUGAUCUCAUGAUUCACACAAAAAGCAUCCGUUUUUAUGUCCUUCGUAGUAAAGCAAUCCGCUUUUGAUUCGGAUUUGGAUUUGAGCUAAUAAUUAUCUACGAGUCAGAAGUUGUAAUUCGACGGUUUUUUUUAAAGCCAUGAUUGAGGAUCUGAAUGGAAAUUUUGAAUGUUUCUUAGGUGACCAGUUUCAGGCCAAAUAGGAUAAAAAAUUCGACUUUCUCCGAUUUGCAUGAAACUUUCCAUAAUUGCGUGUUAUGGGCAAUCAUUCACAUUUUUGCUAAAGUUCGGCAAUUUUGGAUCUUGAUUUUUUUUAAGUAGGACUACUAAUUUCUAUACUGGGGUUCACAUUAAAAAAAAUCAAAAUUCAGGCAUGUAACGAAAAAUCCCAAACACGGACGCAACGAUAGAGCGCAAAUCGAACAAACGACACAUUGCGCAUGCUCA